GUGCAGUGAUGGGCUCAGACAUUGCAGGCUCAAGCGACAUGAAGAUCCGGCUGGUGGAAGGUCCUCAUCCUUGCAGCGGACGGGUGGAGGUGCUCCUUUAUGGCCUGUGGGGAACAGUUUGUGAUGAUGGAUGGGGCAUCAAGGAAGCCAUGGUUGUCUGCAAAGAGCUGGGUUGUGGGGCUGCAGUGUCAGCCACACGUGAAGCACAAUUUGGGACUGGAAGUCUCUCCACUGGCAUGAGUGAUAUCAGAUGCAGAAGGACAGAAUCAGCCCUCAGUCAAUGCCCAGCAAGCUUACAGAGAGAACAGCACUGUACCUCUGAGGAAGCAGCUGGAGUUGUGUGCCAUGUUGACUGCAGUGGAAGGGUAGAACUGCUCCAUAAUGGUGUGUGGGGCACCAUUUGUGGUGACAGGUGGGGUAUUGAAGAAGCUGGAGUUGUAUGCCAACAGACUGACUGUGGGAUUGCAAGACUUGAUCAAAAUGGAACUCAGUUUGGAAAUGGAACUGGCCCAAUCUGGUUGGAUGAUGUCCAUUGCAGAGGGACAGAAUCCUCUCUAUAUCAGUGCUCAGCAAGCCCAUGGGGAAUGCAUGACUGUGAUCAUAGACAAGCUGCUGGUGUUGUGUGCUCAG